AUGGCAUUGCGAGGAUUGAGUACGGUGGCGGUGGCGGUGACGGCGGCAGUAUGCCCUCCCGGUCCUCGAUGCAGAGUUGACAGCGGUACUUCAAGGUUAUGUGGUGGUGCUGGGAUUCCUUCUUCCGGAUCCAGAAUCUCUGUACGGUGUAAAGCUAUCGGAGAAAAGCGACAAGAUUCCUUGGACGCAACCAUUGUUUAUGAGGGUAUAUAUGGCCCCUGGACCAUUGACGACUCCGAUGUUCGAGAGGUGAUUUUGUACAGAUCAGGAUUGGUAACAACUGCUGCAUCAUUUGUGGUCGCUGCUGCUUCUGCUGCCUUUUUACCCGAUAACUUCUCCUUAAGUACUACCCUGAAGCAAAAUCUUGAUCUAUUUUAUGUCCUUGGUGCUGGUGGGUUGGGUGUAUCGUUACUAUUGAUUCAUAUCUAUGUUUCUGAGAUCAAGCGUGCACUACAAGCACUAUGGGUGCUUGGUGUUCUUGGAUCGGCUACAACCUACUUCACCCUUGCUCAACCAGCUAAUAAAAAUCUAAUACUAUAUGUCGUCGACAACCCAUCCGCUAUCUGGCUUGUUGGUCCUCUUUUUGCUGCCCUGACUGGACUUGUGUUCAAGGAAGGACUCUGCUAUGGCAAGCUAGAAGCUGGACUUCUCACGCUUGUUAUUCCUACAGUUCUUCUCGGGCAUUUGACUGGUUUGAUGGAUGAUGGAGUUAAGCUUACUUUACUUGCUUCGUGGAUGACCCUUUUUGUGGUAUUUGCUGCAAGGAAAUUCACCCAGCCCAUCAAGGAUGACAUUGGGGACAAGUCCGUUUUCAUUUUCAAUUCCCUCCGUGAAGACGAAAGGAAAACCUUGCUUGAGAAAUUAGAACAACAAAAGCCUCAGAAUUAA